AAACGGCAUAGCGGAGAGAUCGAGUUAGAGAGAGAGAGAGAACCUUAAUCAUUUGCAAUCAACAGCGCGUUUCGGAAGGUCUCCUUUCUGGAAUACCAAUGUAUUUCACACACACACACACACACACACACACACUUCUCCACGUUGAGUGACUGACCCGACAAGCAUAAGGAAUCACAACUUUUGUUUUUAUCCACCUCUGGGUUCUGCUUGACACAUUCCACCUUCGAGAGUGUGUGUGAGAGAAAGAGACACAAGGGAAGUGAGUCCCAAACGCUUGCGGGCGUUCGCUUGUAAGUUUUAUAUAUAUAUACACAUAUACAUACAUAUAUAUAUAUAUUUAAAUUCCCACCUCCGUGUACAUCUGAAAGACUGGGAUAGUUUGAUUUCUUUGACCGUACACUGACUGAAGAGCGGAUCUCUGUUUUGCUGUAUCUUGAAUGUGUCUUUUCUGUGGUGAUUUCUUAAAUACGACCAUGUCAGUAUUGGAUGUGCUAAUUUGGAAUUGAUCGAUUCCUGGAUAGCGGCGAGGGAUCUACCUGUAUUGUUUAUUUCAUUUUAAGAAAGAAACCCUUGCCUGAUUGCCACUAAAAAGAAAAAAAAACCUUGUUGCAGAUAUUUCGUCUGGGUGUCUAGUGCGCUUUGAACCUAUCGGUAUCCAUUAGGCUAUCUUGUCAGAAGCUGCUCGUGAUUUUUUUUCGUAUAUUUACCGCUGCCUCCUGAAGUCGGAUACGCUCAGAUCCAGGAGUUCUGGAUGUCAUGCAGUCUUUGAUCUCUCCGGUUACAAAGGCUAUUCUGGUCGCGCUGUUUAUUUUCGCCAUCCUGCUAAUUCUUUACGUGAUCCUCUGGUACAUCUGCCGUGAUGUGGAUUGUGAUCACGGCAUCUGAUUCAGAAGGCGAAGCACGCUAAGGACGAACUGACAUUGAGCAGCCAGGGAAGAAACUGAAGGAACGAAAGCCACUGACAAGACAUUACGUGAUACAUGAGGAAGAAAGAACAUUGUGAGAUUGAAGAGCAGAUCCAGUGCUGGACAAAGAAAUGCAAUCUCCUUGAAAGAAGAGUCACAAUGAUGCAGAAGGAGGUAAUUUGGCCUAUUGGUCCAUGCCGGUUCUUUACGGGGACAAUCCAGUCAGUCCCAAUCCCCUGUUUAGCGGAUAUCUUUCUUGCUCCGCAAAAAGGGAAGGUUGCCAUAGUGACUGGUGGUGCCAAAGGGAUCGGGUAUGAAACCGCAAAACAUCUAUCAAGACUGGGCAUGCAUGUGAUUAUAGCUGGAAAUCAUAAAAAUCAGGGACAACUGUCCGUAAGCAGAAUUGUCCAGGAAACUGGGAAUGAGAAAGUGGAGUUUAUGUUCCUAGAGCUUGCUUCGAUGCAGUCCAUACAGCAGUUUGCCCAAAACUUCAAAGCAAAGAACCUCUUACUGCAUGUUUUGGUAGAUAACGCAGCAGUGAUGCUGGUGCCUCAGAGAAGCACUGCAGAUGGAUUUGAAGAGCACUUUGGUGUGAACUACCUUGGACACUUCUUGCUGACCCGUCUUCUUCUGGAUACCCUGAGGGAAUCUGGGAGCCAUGAUCGUAACGCUCGAAUUAUCACUGUUUCUUCAGCCACCCAUUACAUUGGCGAGCUAAACUUCAAUGAUUUGCAAAGCAGACACCAUUAUUCUCCCCAUGGAGCAUAUGCCCAGAGCAAGCUUGCCCUUGUCCUCUUCUCAUACGAACUGCAGCAGCGCUUGACAGCUGAGGGGAGCUAUGUGACGUCAAACGUAGUGGACCCAGGAGUUGUCAACACUGAUCUCUACAAGCACACCUGCUGGCUCUUCAAACUGUGCAAGUCGUUAACAUCCUGGCUGUUCUUCAAGACUGCAGCCCAGGGAGCUUCCACUGUGAUAUACGCAGCAGUUUCUCCAGACUUGGAAGGAGUGGGAGGUUCCUACCUUGCUAAUGGCCAGAAGACAAAAUCUGCGGACAUUUCAUAUGAUGCAGACCUUCAAAAAAAACUUUGGACUCAAAGCUGCAAGCUUGUUGGGAUUCCGGAGUGGCGCCAGUCCAAUGUUUGAAGGAAGGAGGAGGCUGUGACACAAAGGCUGAGUGUGUGAGCUAUGUGGUUCAGUCACUUCCUCUCAUUAAGCUGGCACCAGGAAUAACAAGCCUACUCAUGGGAAACUGCAAGCUUAAAACCGAAGCUAAAAUCACAAUGAAUUCAAUUACUCAUGGUGUUUGUGUUCAUCAGGAAACCGAAAACUUAUUUUGGAUGUUUGGUUCAAUUCAGUAUAUUGACAAAAUUUCCGAGUUGAUAAUAUAUGAUUAUACGAAACAUGUCAAACUGUUCAGAUUUAGAGAGAGAAAAAGAUAUAUCCACAUAUGCACUUUGGUACUGCGGUGUUCCAGUACUUAAUUAUUACCUGUAGAGGCCACUGGUGGCCUAUUUAAUUAUUUUGCUUAUGCUAAGGAGAUACCUUUUGUUAGACACCAUCAGUUGAGAUAAAAAGUCCUAUCCAGAAUAAUGACCCAUCCUUCUGCCUGAGCUGCUCAUCAGUCUGCCUCCUAUCUUUUCAAGAUGUAGGUUUCCAGAUUUGCACAUUUCCAUUACCAUCUGGCUACUUCAUCAGUUUCUGAUGGCUGAAACCCGUACUGCAAUAAUUUAAGUCUAAUUAAGCAUGUUUAACCUAGAAAAAAAAUUUCCAGAUUCCUCACAGACAUGCUACUAAAAUGAAAUUGUCACCAGCAGAGGAAAUACUAGCACAGGCCAAAUCCAAAAGCUCAGUCAACAAAAUUGCUUUUAAGGAAUUUCUUAAAAGAGGGCAGAGAGAGGUGGACAGAUUUUGGGAGAGAAUUCUAAAGAUAAGUGACUAAUUAGGGGAUGUGGCGGUGUAGUUAGUAAUGUUCCUGGACUAGUAGUCCAGAACCCCAUCUGAUGCCCUGAGGGUGUGGGCAAUAGGCAGAUGGUGAAACCUGAAUUCAAUUUAGAAAAUCUGGAGUCAUGUCAGUACAAUUAUGUUUUAGAACCUAUCUGAUUCAUCAAUGGCCUAUAAGAAAGGAAACCACCCACUCUUCCCUGGUCUGGCCUACAUGUGACUCAGACCCACAGCAAUGUGAUUGACUCUUAACUGCCCUCUAGACAAUUAGUGCUCCCUUAGCCAGUGACACCCAAACCCCCUGAACAUUUUUUUAAAAUUGGUCUAGUUCUACAAACACUGUUGUUAGGAGAAUAGAUCGUCUGCAGUGAGUAAAUUCUCCUUCCCCAAAGCCUUUCCAAAAUCUGUAAGGCACAAGCCAGGAGGGCAUGAGAACACUCGACACUUGCUUGGGAUGUAACUCAAACAACAUUUAAGAAGCUUAAUAGUGUCCUGAACAAACUUCCCCAUUUCACAGGUACCCCAUCCACACUACUUUAAUUUCCUCCACCCAUGGUGCACUUUGCUGUUUGCAUGCGCCAUUGACAAGAUACACUGCAGGAACCCAUCAAGGAAGCUUCAAUUACAUUACUCAAACCUGCAAUCCCUACUAUUUGGAACAAUGAAGGAAACAGUCUCAAGGAAGUGGUGUUAAAUUUCCUCUGUAGUAUACACUCUAUGCUGACUUCUUCAUUGUUUAGCCAAACUCCUAGACUCAUUUCCUAACAGCACAAUAGGUGUACCCAUCACCACAUGGAUUGCACUAUGAGAUAGUAAGAACUGCUGAUGCUGGAGUCAGAGAUAACACAAUGUGGAGCUGGAGGAAUACAGCACUCCAGGCAGCAUCAGAGGGGCAGGA